AUGUCCACAAAUUUAUUCAAUAAGAAACACAUCCACAGGCUGCACGCACGGUUCUACGAGCUGGCCCCCAACCUGGUCCCCCUGGACUACCGGAAGAGCCCCAUCGUCCACGUGCCCAUGAGCCUGAUCAUCCAGAUGCCCGCUCGGGAGAACCCCUUCAAGGAGCGGGUCGUGGAGGUCUUCUCAGAGGACGGCGAGGGCAACCUCACCUUCGACGACUUCGGGGACAUGUUCUCCGUGCUCUGCGAGUCGGCGCCGCGCGACCUCAAGGCCAACUACGCCUUCAAGAUCUACGACUUCAACACGGACAACUUCAUCUGCAAGGAGGACCUGGAGAUGACGCUGGCCCGGCUGACCAAGUCGGAGCUGGAGGAGGACGAGGUGGUGCUGGAGUGCGACAAGGUCAUCGAGGAGGCCGACCUGGACAGCGACGGCAAGCUGGGCCUGUCUCACUUCGAGGACAUGAUC